CGCCUCAAAAUUUCACUCUAAGCUCUAGCCACAAAUUAAAAAUUAAGGGAAAAACCCAGAAAAUUCAAAUAAAAGUCUGAAUUGAAGUUUUUCCGAACAAAAAUUAAAACAAUGUUGCCUUCUUCAUCAUGCUGUACAUCAUCAACUCCUGCAUUCAGAUUCAAAAACCAACCUUUCUUUCUUCAUUCUACAGCCUUUUCUGCUCCUUUUAGACUUUGUCACUCAGGGAGCAAAUACCAAAUUAGUAGGAGGGGUAUUGCUUUUAGAGGAAUUGUAGCUACUGGGAUUGCAGCCAUGGAUUCAGCUUCUCUUGCUACUAAACCUGCUCAAGGGUUGGAAGUAUUGCCAUACAAGAUAGAAGGAUACAACUUUUGGACAUGGCGAGGUCACAAAAUACAUUAUGUGGAGCAAGGAGAGGGCACCCCAAUUGUUCUUGUUCAUGGCUUUGGCGCUUCUGCGUUUCAUUGGAGAUACAACAUACCUGAGUUGGCUAAAAAGUACAAGGUUUAUGCAAUAGAUUUGCUUGGGUUCGGAUGGAGUGAGAAAGCACUCGUCGAGUAUGAUGCUGUUAUCUGGAGAGACCAAGUGAUUGAUUUUCUCAAAGAAAUAGUCAAGGAACCUGCUAUUAUGGUAGGAAACAGCCUAGGAGGGUUUACUGUACUGGCAUCAGCAGCUAGUUUGCCUGAAAAAGUUGCCGGAGUUGUACUUCUAAACUCUGCUGGACAGUUUGGAGAUCCAAAUGCCCAACCCGAAGAACCUAAGCAGGAGAAUAUCUUGGAGAAGAUCGUUAUAAAACCUGUUAAAGAAAUUUUUCAGCGUGUUUUUCUUGGAUUCUUAUUCUGGCAGGCAAAACAACCUGCUCGCGUAACAUCAGUGCUUAAAAGUGUGUACGUAAAUAGCUCCAACGUGGAUGACUACCUCGUGGAAUCCAUAACCCAACCAGCAGCAGAUCCUAAAGCAGGAGAGGUUUAUUUCAGAUUGAUGUCGCGCUUCAUGUCAAACCAGAGGAAGUACACACUUGACAGCCUAUUAAGCAAACUAUCUUGCCCAUUGUUACUGAUAUGGGGCGACCUCGACCCGUGGGUAGGCCCGAAUAAGGCCAAGCAGAUCAAGGAAUUCUAUCCAAGUACAACUGUUGUAAAUCUUCAAGCUGGACAUUGUCCUCAUGAUGAAGUUCCUGAGCUCGUCAACACAGCUUUAUUGGAUUGGUUGUCGAAUUUAAACCUCGAAAAAUUACCGUUACCAACCUCUGUAAAUGUGUCGUGAUAAACUAGUAUGUACAUUUGUAUCAACUCUCAAGUGUAAGUAUACUGUAAAUUUUAACAAUAUUUUUUGUACUGGGUAGAAUAGCAUUAUACAUCAAUAAAAAAAAGUUAAAAAAAGUUA